AUGGCGAUUUGGUGUUUCAAUAAAACAAUAGCUUGUGGUACAAUAGCAUCUGUUGCUUUAGUCUAUUAUAUUAUUGUAUUACAUAAUCGCAAGGAAAAGAAGGAAACGGACAAGGCCGAUCAUAAUAAAGUUUGUGAAAUUAAAAUAACUAACACAUCUUCGUCUAAUAUACAUAAUAAAAGACAAAUUUCUGCUAAGAAUACUGCAGCUAAUCCAGAUAUUACGCCAUUGAUAUCAAAAGUUAAACAAGUUGUUUCCUCGUUGCCAAAUCUAAGUACAUCUAAUCCAGUAAAACCGCCACGAAAUAAAAGAUUGGACCAGAUACCAUCAAAAACUAUAGAAGAUCGUAAUUUAAUUAUGCAAAAGAAUGCCAAGUAA